AUGGCGACCGAGUCAAAAGUGAAAGCAGCUGCGCGGUCCUAUGAGGACGAGCUGGACACAUAUCCUCUUCCCCAGGUCAUGUCUGAUCUCGACACAAGAUACCCGGGUCAGAGCACGAACUCGGGGCUAGCACAACGGGCUCCAGCCGGGACGCCCCUGUCCGUGACGAGAUUCACACCACCACAGAAAAGCAGCGGCAGCCACAGCGGAGCAAUAGCGGAAAACCUACUGGUGGUGGGCAUUCCGGCCACCCCGAAAGCACCGGUGCCGCUCACUGCGACAGGUCGAAGUCCCUUUACAGUAUCGAUUCCGCCGCUGUCAGCAGAACGCCUCAGAGAAUUACCGAAACCGUCGUCGCCUGUAGUUGCCGUGGGCCGCCGCACUAACACGGUGGACAACAAUAACUCCCGCAUACGAGGCGGCCGGCCCAAGGGCUGGAGGCCGGGCAUGUCAUAUAGAGAGGUGGCGCUGCGCAAUCUGGGUGUUGACGGUGACGCGACCUCAACCGUGCUCCUCACGCCACAGAAGAAGUCGAAAGACCCAGCACACCGAAUGCCGAGACAGCGCAGGAUCGCGGGCAGCCAGAAGCCGAACUACGUGCUGAAGCGGAAAGGACGGCCACCGCUGCUGUCGAUCGAGGCGGUGCAGCGGUCCAUCUUUCUCAACAGCAAGGCGGUCUUCAGGCCCUUUCUGUGCGAGUGGGCCGGGUGCCGGGCUGAGCUGCAAAACAUGGCGACGCUGCGAAAGCACGUGGUCGUAGUCCAUGGGCGGGCAGCUAAGUGCUGCUGGCGGAAGUGUGCGGAACGGACGAUGCCGCCGGCCUUACCUACGACUGGAGCAGGUGGCGAGGGCGAGACCCUGAUGGAACACAUCGAGUACAACCACUUGGCCCCGGCUGAAUGGCACCAGGGCGACGGGUUUGCCAAUAGCGGCUGCCUGGGUCCGCCGGCACUCAGGAUAGGAGCCAGAGCAGAGGAUGGCGGCCCGGGCCAUCUCGCCACGGUACACCUGCCACGGUAUCUACUCGACGAAGAGGGCAACCAAGUGACACCGCUAUUGCAAGACCCGCUGCUGGAGCCGGCGGCGUUAUCGCGGUCUAGGGCAGAGACGAUGCGGCGGCUGCAGGAUGCGUAUCGACAAAUCCGGCGACAGCGGGGCCCAUAG